CUUCGCUCCCGCACGACACUUCCGUCCUCACCCCAGCUGCUACGAAUAGACGCCAGUGCCAUUGAACAGCGAGUCUGCUCUCAAGGUGCAGAGCUGUACGAUCUGAUUAUUGGCGACUCUGAUCUCGACACGCGCCGCCAUCGCAGCUGCUUCCAUUGUGGGAACCGAUCAACCCGAUCAACCAGGCCGAGCAGCAGCUUCAAGAGCGCCAACAACCCCAUACACCACGCACAGCACAGUAUGCCGUCCCCACGACGGAUGCGCCUCAUCCUCCUGGCGGGCCUGAGCACCGUCAUCCUCAUCUUCUUCUACACAAGCCGUCUGUCCGAUGACGCCAUGUCAAAAGAGCACACGCCCUUUCGCGACUUUUACCAAAAGACCAAGCACGCCAUGGACGCCGGCUCGUCGUCGGCGCAGCAGCUCCACCCCGCCGACCGAGACAAGGACGGGGACAUUGACGAGGACGACAGGGCGCUGGGCGCGGAGAUGCAGACACGGCUCAAGGAGGCCGAGCUCCGCGCCAAGAAGAUUGCCAACCAAAAGGGCGGCCUCAAGCCCGACCCGCCGAGCAACGUCGUCGGCGUGGGGAGCUCGGCGGACGGCCAGGACGGUGCCGGGGGCUCCAGCGGGGAGCAGGUCGAGGAGGUCAGAGACGCCGAGGCGGAGCUGAACAUGAUUCUCAAGAAAUCACCGACCAUCAUCUUCUCCAAGACAUUCUGCCCCCACUCGAAACGCGCAAAGAAGCUCCUCCUCGAGAGGUACACCAUCUCGCCGGAGCCGUACAUUGUCGAGCUGGACGAGCACCCCAUGGGUCCCGCGCUGCAGGAUGCGCUCGAGGUCAAGACGGGGCGGCGGACGGUACCCAACGUGCUCAUCAACGGCGUGAGCAUCGGUGGCGCGGACGACGUGUAUGAGCUCGACGGGCAGGGUCUGCUGAUUGACAAGAUUAUCGAGUUUGGGAGUAAGCGUGUUGAUGUCGCGCGUUCGCCGAGUAUAUAAGCCAGGUCUUGCGGUGUAAAUAUCACUGAAUUGUCACGCGUGUUGUAGGCU